CGCUUUCGGCCUACGGAACCCAAUUUGUUUUCGUCUUCGGUGGUUCUAUUUCCGUUAUCUUAAAAAAUUGAAAGACUUACGUGUGCCAGAGGAUUAGAUUUUCCCUUAUAUCUUCAGCUCCUCCUUCUUUGCGUAUAAUUCAAGAAUCAAAAUCGGCCGUCGCCGGAAUACACAGUGAAAAGUGAAACUUGUGUGGCCUUUUGAUCAUUAAUCAUUUGAUUGUAUGUGGUGUGCUGUAUGGCAACCAAUGAUUGUAGGGUUGUACAUUCUUCUCUUUCUAAGAUAGAAAAAAUGGGUAAAUUCCAUUAUGAGGAUGAUGACUUUAGAGAACCUGUAUGGAAUGUUUCAAAAGAAAAGAAAACCGAUCCAUCAGAGGUAAAAUCCUCCAAAGAAGAUUAUAUGUACCAGUUCCCACUGCAAUCUGAAGACUUCAUUGAUGAAGGAUAUGAUUCAGGUGAGGAUCCAUGUUAUUCCAUGCAAAGUAAUAAUAUGCCUCCAGAGGUAAACUUGAAAAAUGUAUUGAAUGGGAUAUUUGCAAUCAUAACUGGGCGAAACAAAGCACCGAGUGUUUCUGCAACUCAGCUAGAGCCCAGUUCAAAUGUUUCGUUUCUUGGAUCUGGGAAGAAUGGCGAUACAUACUUGCACUCCUCAGUGUACAUACCGAGUGCACCACCACUUCUUGAGCCAGAUGGGAUUAGAUAUAGUGCUUACAAAGAGGUUUUGGAAGCUGAUCCACCAGAGUGGCUUCCUGAUAGUUCCACUACCGUGUGCAUGCAGUGUACUUCUCCUUUUACAGCAGUCACACGCGGUAGACAUCAUUGUCGGUUUUGUGGAGGGAUUUUCUGUAGAGCAUGCACCAAGGGGAGGUGUUUGUUACCUGUGAAGUUUAGGGAACGAAAUCCUCAGAGGGUGUGUGAUGCCUGCUAUGAUAGACUUGACCCUUUACAAGGAAUUCUCAUUAACUCUAUUAGCAAUGCUAUGCAAGUGGCAAAACAUGAUGUGGUGGAUUGGACUUGUGCAAGGGGAUGGCUUAACCUUCCAGUUGGUUUGUCAAUGGAAUAUGAGAUAUACAAAGCUUCUAAUACAUUAAGAAGCUACUGCCAGGUUGCUGCAUUGAGUUCUGAGAGGUCCAUACCCUUAGCUAUUCUGAAAGGAGCCAAAGGCCUUGCAAUCUUAACAGUUGCUAAAGCUGGUGUGCUGGUUUCUUACAAACUUGGCACUGGUUUGGUCGUUGCUAGAAGGUCAGAUGGCUCCUGGUCUGCUCCGUCGGCCAUAUUCUCAGCUGGUUUAGGAUGGGGUGCUCAGAUUGGAGGUGAACUAAUGGACUUCAUAAUUGUGCUUCAUGAUUCAAAAGCAGUGAAAACAUUUUGUAGUCGCAUGCAUUUUUCUCUUGGUGCUGGUUGCAGUGCUGCAGCAGGUCCGAUUGGGAGAGUACUGGAAGCAGAUGUACGGGCUGGAGACAGAGGUUCUGGCAUGUGCUAUACUUACAGUUGUACCAAAGGAGCAUUCAUGGGAGUGUCACUAGAAGGAAACAUUGUUAUGACAAGGACGGAUACAAAUCUACAGUUUUAUGGCGAUCCUUAUCUUACUACUGCCGACAUUCUACUUGGGAUGGUGGACAGGCCCAAAGCUGCGGAGCCUUUGUAUCGAGCCCUCAAAGAUCUUUAUUCCAGUCUAGGCAGUUAGUUCUAUCAUUUCCUGCAUCCAAAGCCGGUAUCUCAAUGACUACUGGGUGUGCUCUCUGCUGAAGAGACUUGCUGAAUCGUGAAAUUUGUGGAUUGAAAAUUGAUGGGAAGAUACAGUUUGAAAGAGAUAAAUGAUGUACCAGAUAUACUUUUAGUUUUCAUUUGAUCAAUGUACACUACAGGGUGUCUGAAAUUCAAAGAUUCUUUAAAUGUACAUAGUUAUAUUAGUGUUGUAAAAUCAUUUGAACAAAUUUAUGAUAUAUAUGGUUUCAGUUGUCCA